AUGGCCGAGUCGCAGCUGAUGUGCCUGGACGAGGCGCACGUGAACGAGAAGGUGACCGAGGCACAUGCCGCCUUCUACUACUGCGAGCGGCAGCGGGCCGCACUGGAGGCGCUGCUGGGCGGAGGCGAGCAAGCCUAUGGCGAGCGGGUCAAGAAGGAGCAGUUGCGAGACUUCCUGUCGGGCCCCGAGCGCCAGGCCCUCCGCGCUGCCUGGAGCCCCUAUGAGGACGCCGCCCCCGCCGCCGCCUCCCGCGGCAAAGCCAAGGCCAAGGCCCAGGCCCCCGCGCAGGCCCACGCCGAGCCCGCUGAGUCCCUGGCCUACUGGCCCGACCGCUCCGACACCGAGGUGCCCCCGCUGGACCUGGGCUGGACCAACACCGGCGCCUACCGCGGCGUGAGCCGGCUCCUCCUCUUCACCCACCCGCCCAAGGAAGAGAAGGCGCCUCACCUCAAACAGGUGGUCAGGCAGAUGGUCCAAGAGGCCCAGAAGGUCAUUGCCGUGGUCAUGGACCUCUUCACUGAUGGCGACAUCUUCCAAGACAUCGUCGACGCUGCCUACAAGCGCCGAGUCCCUGUGUACAUCAUCCUGGACGAGGCAGGCGUCAAAUAUUUCCUGGAGAUGUGUCGGAGCCUGGAGCUCACCGACUUCCGUUUGCGGAACAUCCGUGUCCGCUCUGUGACAGGUGUCGGCUUCUACAUGCCCAGGGGGAAAGUCAAAGGGACCCUCUCGACAAGGUUCCUGAUGGUGGAUGGUGAAAAAGUAGCCACUGGCUCCUAUAGUUUCACCUGGAGCUCCUCCCACGUGGACAGGAACCUCCUACUCCUGCUGACUGGGCAGAAUGUGGAGCCCUUCGAUGUGGAGUUCCGAGAGCUGUACGCCAUCUCCGAGGAGGUGGACUUGUAUCGGCAACUGGGCCUGGCAGGCGGGGCCAGCAAAUUUGGCCUCAACUACUCCUCCACUGUGGCACGCAAGCUCAUCAACCCCAAGUACGCCUUGGUGUCAGGCAGCCGCCACCCGCCCGGGGAGAUGAUGCGCUGGGCCGCCCGGCAGCAGCGGGAAGCUUGUGACAAUCUCGAGGGGCAGCAGGAAGGCAGCGAAGGUGGCGAGUCGACCCGGCGCCUGGAGAGCUUCCUGAAUGACCUGGUGAGUCUGGAUCAGGUGCUGCCUCCUGUGGAUCCUAUUCCCAUGGAGAGACGGAGCCGGAAGGCUGGCAAGGUGCCCACGGACCUCAAGUCCCAGGAGACACUGGACCGGAAUGGCAAAGGAGAUGCCGCCAACGGGGAGGCCACCACGGCCAAAGAAGGCAAGCGCUUUGGCAGUGGGAUCUUCAGUCGACGGGUCAAGAAGCCAGUGGCAUCCAACGGCAUGGCCAGCUCCUUCACCGCUGAGGCCUCUGCUGAUGUGGACUUUAGGCCCACCGAGGACUCCAGCACUAACCUCUCAGGUGAGACACCUCCUGCUUCCAAUCCUGCCAAGCCCCGAAACUGUGUGAUUUCCUGA